CGAAGGGGAGAGGCGUCUGCUCGGUUCUGUAGAUCCCACGGGUGGCGCUGAGGGUGAAAAAUUUUAAGGGAUAAAAGAAAUGGAGUCCAGUGAAGAGAUAAUAUCACGUCUCCGUAGCCAGUUGAAAGAGGCUGAAGAGGAAAGAAGAAAGGCAGCACAAUAUGGUUUAGAACUGAUGGAAGGACAGAAUGUGUUGCAGAAUCGGCUAGAUGAACUGCAAAAUGAAAUGGUCACCAUGACAGAGAAGUUUGAACAAGAAAAAUAUACUCUCCAAAGAGAAGUAGAACUAAAGAAUAGAAUACUGGGAAGUCUAAAUGCUGAAUAUGAUACUCUGAAGCAACAACAAAAUAUACAGCUAGAUACACUGCGUGAACAACUAGAAAGGCUGUAUGGACAAGAAAUAAACGAACUUAAGAAUAAGGUGGAAAAAAUGAAAUCCGAGCUAGAUGAAAGUCUUCUUAGUGAAAAACAGCUGAAGCACAAAGUGGACCAUCUUAAAGAAGUCAUUGCUUCUAAAUCAGAAGAACUGCGUGUGAUGUCAGACCGUGUGCAUGAAACCAUGUCUUCAGAAGUGUUCAAUCUGCAAGUUGAGCUAAUAGCACUUGAAAACACAAAGGGAGAACUUGAGGAGAAAAUACAUGAAUUGCAGUACAGCAAAGAGCAACUAGAACUUGUAAACAGCAAUCUGAGUAAUCGUGUCUCACGUCUUGAAGAAGAGAGAGAAGAUAAAGAAAAAGAUCUUGUUUCUUACUGUAAUGCAUUAGAGAAACUUCGUGAGGUGAAUAGGGACCUUGAGGCUCAAUUAGAUCAUGCACUGCAACAGGCAUUGGAUCCAACCAGUAAAGGAAAUUCUUUAUUUGCUGAGGUGGAGGACAGGAGAGCAGAAAUGGAGCGUCAGCUGAUCAGUGCAAAAGUAAAAUAUCAGUUGCUACAAAAACAAUAUACUUUCAAUAGAGAACAUCUGCAAAGAAUGAAGCUACAGAUGGCUACACUGCUGCGGAUGAAGGGUUCACAGGGAGAGCAUGACCAGCUGGAACGUUUGCAGAACAUGCUUCAGCAAAAGAAUGGUGAAAUAGAAGAACUUAUAUUGAGAGUGAAGCAGCUGGAGAAGUCCAAGGUAUCUGAAAACUCACACGAACUGAUGCUCUUUAACGCUUCUGAACGCACAGAAUUUGGAGGUGGCGGUUGCACAGGUUUGCUCCAGAUGAAGCUUGAGAACUCUGAUAAGGAGAUAGAGAAUUUGAGAAGUGAAUUGUCUUUACAGCGGAUGAAAGCUUUGUUUGAAAGUCAGCGGGUUUUGGAGAUGGAGCGGAAGCUUUUUGCAAAUGAAAGACAGCUUGAGGCUUGUCAAAGUGACAGUAUAAAUUUGCGGGUGCUCCUGGAUGAAUUGAGAAUCAAGUAUGAACCUGAAGAGUUAAUGAAAAAUCCCAUCAAUUUUAAGAAGGCUCCAGGAAACAUGGUUUCUGUACAUGAAACUAUUUCCUUGCUGUCUCAAACCAAGGAAGAGAUAAAGCUGAGUGAAGCUGCUCUGAAACCCUCACUUCAAACUAUACCAAUGAAUGUAGUUCUACCUUCAACAUUGCACCAGAAAAAUGAUCAUCCAGAGAAGAAGAGAGUUAGAAUCAAGGAGGAAGAAUUUGACAAUAAAAGUAUAAAAAAGAAUGAUACUGCAUCUUUCCCUGUUACCAGGUUGACAUCUGAACUUGGAGUAAAGACAGAAGAAAAUUAUGCUGGUGCAGCUGAAGAUACAAGUAAACAGGAGAAGAAAAGCCAAAAGAAAACAUACCCUGUAAUCCGUAUGUCUUCCAAAGAAGCUCCUGCAACUCAGUGUGCUCAACAGUAAUUUUGAAAAUAUUUGUGGUGUCAGGGCCUUACUGUUUUGAUUGUAGGGCAAAGCACAAGAAUAGAAAAUAUGGCUUGGUUCUUAAUUGCCUUGCAUUUGAAAACUCUGCUUAUAUAGACUGUCCUACAGGUAUUAAGAAAUCUGUAAUGGUGUUUUUAGCUGAGUAGAACUGCAACACAGAUGAAAUUCCCCAAAAGCUACUGUUUCAGUUGAAACAAUCUAUUAACUUUGUAGCAUUCCUCAAAAGCUAUUUAUAAGAAGAAAUAAACAUAACAGUAAUUUGAUUAACACAGAUGUUACAAGGGCUUCAGAGAUCAUUUAAAAGUCAUAUUUAUCCUCAUCUCAUGUCUGUGAAAGACUUUCUAGUGGAGCCAAACACUUGCAUCGUUUGACUAUGGGGGAAAUAACUCCUAGAUAAUGGUCACCACA